AUGUCGGAGCACCAAAGCGCUCCUCCACCGGUCGCCAACUCGGGCGAGGAUGCCAUCACCCACACGAUCGACGUCGAACCGGAGCAGUUCGCUUCCGAGUUCGAGUCGCUGUCGGACGCCUACGAGGUCGAGACCACCGUGCACCAGAUCGUCGACGGCGCCUACCAGAGGGUGAGCAGCUCACCGCAAUCCGCAUCUGUACUGCAAGCUAAGUGCAUCUUCCACCCACAGAUCGCUCUGCAAUUUCCGGACGAGCUGCUGCACGAUUCGGUGCAGAUCUACCAUCUCCUCCGCGCUCGCCUCGAGGCCCACAUCGAGCUCUACGUCUUGGCCGACACCACCUAUGGCAGGUAAGGACGCGCGUGCAGUCUUCACCGUUCUGGAAGGAGCUAGACUGAUCAAACAACGACCGACUCACCAGCUGCUGCGUCGAUGAGGUCGCCGCGCAGCACGUCGACGCCGACUUGAUCGUGCACUACGGCCAUACAUGUCUCAGUCCGUGAGUUGAUUAGACCCCAAGAGAGAUUUGGAUCGCUUCAGACCUACUGACACCCCGCGACCACCACCAGAACGCUCCGACUGCCCGUCAAUUACGUCCUCACCAAACGUCCGGUCGAUCCUUCCCACGCUGCCAACUCCCUCGCCUCGACCUCCAAGGAAUCACUCGACCAGGAUCGCAGAGCCAUCGUGCUCAUGUACGACGUGGCCUAUGCCUACAAAGCUCGUGCGUACCCAGAGACUGCUUCGUGCACUGGCGAUGACGCGCAGAGUUCCGUGGGGCUGACUAUUUUUUCCGACUUGUAGAUCUCAUCUUUGAUCAACUCGAGCCUCUGGUAAACUUGCCAUUAUCGAUGGCCCGGAUAGACAGGCGCACCAACAGGGUCAACAAGAAGGGCAAAUCAUCUGUGCAAUCGGAAGACGAGGCCGCCUCUGCCUCGGCACCGACCCGGGCGACUACGCAAGACGAACCGGUCGAGAACGAUGGUGACGACACGACUCCACCCGAUGGAGUCUCCAAUGUCGCUCCAGCACCGACACCAGAAGGACUCGUACCUUCCGAAACGAUGCCCAUACGACCGACACCGCCGCGGAUCGCGUACGAGUUGCCCGAGGGGACGACGAUCGACGAUUGCGCAAUCUUUUAUAUUGGAGGGGAGAGCUUGGCACUCAACAACAUCUUGAUGACUCAUGGGAAAUGUCCAGUACGUUUGAGAGUUCCGCGGUUUGAAAAAGCCUCGUUGUUGACGCGGGGGGGUUCCUAUAGGUAUGGUCCUAUGAUCCGCGGACGAAGGAAGCGCGGCUCGAGUCCAGCAAGACAAAUCGGAUGUUGAUGAGGCGGUACGCCACCGUCGAAAAGGCCAAGGACUCCGACGUGAUUGGGAUACUCAUCGGUACCCUCGGAGUCGGUGAGUGAUACCCUUCGAGCUUCUGAUCGGACACGGGGAGUGACGUAGCUCAAACUUGCUUGCCCUUCACACAGCUUCGUACCUCCCUCUGAUCAAACACCUGCGCGAAUUGAUCGCGUCGCACCAAAAGAAAUCCUAUACCGUCGCCGUCGGCAAACUGAACCCCGCUAAACUGGCCAAUUUCAUGGAAGUGGAGUGCUUCGUCCUCGUCGCCUGUCCCGAAAACACCUUGAUCGAUUCGAAAGAAUUCUUACGACCGAUCGUGACGCCGUUCGAAUUGGAGUUGGCGCUGACGUCCAAGAAUUGGACGGGCGAGUACGUGCUUGAUUUCGAGACUUUGUUGGCCACAUCGGACUUUGGGCAGGAUUUUGUCGAUCCGGCAAAGGAUGAGGAGGAUGAGGAAGGGCCGGUGUUUUCAAGCACCACGGGUAAGUAUCGCCAUCCUAAACGAUACGCCACCAAGGGGGUCACAAGUGGGUCUUUCACGGUCUUUUUGGUAGCGGUCGUAUCGAUCGGUGCUAAAGAUCAUGGUCUUAUUGCACACAGACGCCGACGACUUGACCGCUCAGGCUUCGGCCUUGUCGAUCCGCAACACCUCAUCCGCCGUCGCCCAGGUCCUCGGUAGUGCAGCUGGUACGUGGGAAUGGAUGAGAUCUUUCAACCCGACCGAAAGCUGAAUCAAUCUCCUCCUACAGGCGACUUUUUGUCCAACCGUACCUACCGAGGUCUCGAACCUCGCUACGGGAUGGACGCGCCGGCCGUGAUUGAACAGGGUCGGGAGGGAGGGAUCGCUCGGGGUUACGGGUAUGAAAAGAGCGCCGAGCCUUGA